UUGUUUAAAAGGCAGUUACAUUAUUUUGUAGCUUGAAGACUAGAGAGCUGUCUUACAGCCCUCAAUCCUCUGCAAAUGGAAACAGUCAUGUGACAAGACAUGGUGGCAGUGCAUAGCAGGUCCUUAACAUGGAGAAGCUACAAGAAGGAAACUGACUCGAGUGGCAGAUUGAAGGAUUUGUUGAGAAGUACAAGAAAAUGAAAGACAGGGCAGCUCUUUUGAAAGGCAGUUUACAUAAGAAAGUGAUGACCUUUGAAAGAUGGUGGUGUGUUUUAACAGACGAACUUGAUCUCUGCAUUCAGGGAUCUGUGGAGAACAAGAGUGGUAUAGUUCAGACUGAACCAAUAAUAAAACGAAUAAAUUCCCAUACUGUGGCCAGUCGAAAUUCUUUAUGCAAAUUGAAAAAUUUCAGUGAUGAAGACUGUGGAGAACCACAUGAUUUUCAGUGGAAGGGAAAUGACAAUGCAGCUAUUUUAGACAGCUGUUCCUCCUUAGAAAAGCCCCCUGGACAAUCAUUACAAGAAAGUAGUUGUGAGGAAUUCAGAAACAAAACUCAAAAGAGGAAUUUUGCGUUUUCACCCUUACCUGCCAACAAUAAGUUCACAGAUACAGUUCAUGGACUUGGUUCUAAUAAUGCUAUAGAUGAAAAAUGUGAUACUAAAAGUACUGGAAAUCAGCCACGUUUAGAAGAAGAAAGAACUAAUUGUGUAAUCCCCAAAAGAAAUAAACCAGAAUGUAGCAACACAGUUACAACUACAAAGAAUCAUUUUCUGGCAGCUGAAAGAAGUUUCGAUGUUAUUAGUGAUAGUGAAGACUCAAGUGAUGAAGAUAAUGGCAUUGUUGACUUGGACACAAAUUGUCAAGAGGCAAAAAUCAAUGAUAAUCAGUAUGGAAAUAAGAAGCAAUCGGUUGUCAUGAGAAGAACUAAUACACCUCAGACAUUGGUGGGUAGUGAAAUAUUGCUGGAGAAGUGGCUGCCCGUCUUGAAUGGGAGAAAACUCUGCUUCAAAGGAGUCAGGUCUAUGGGAAGCACGUACAUUGAUCACACAACAGCUUCAGUAAAAUCAAGACUCAAAAGUGAUACUGUGACACUUGUUGAUGGCAAUACCUGCAAGCUCAUAGGACAGUUUCAUGAUGUACAUAAUUGCAAGGAUGUCUACAGUUUUGUAUCUCAGUUUUAAGGUGUUACGUAAGAGCUAGUCAAAUGAAAAUGAGAUAGAUGGCAAAAAAGUCUGCCUGCACAAAUUGCGUCUAAGUUCAAAUGUGGAAUGCCACGGUUUUGGCAUAAAGUUUUAGAUAUGUGGAUUGUCUAUGCUGACAACAUUGAAGGCUGUGAAAAGCAACAGAGUACAAAGUGCAGAUGACAAGAAAAAAUGUGAGAUGUUGAACAAUCCAGGGGCAGUAUCACCAAAAAGCAUAAGAAAUGCAGUCAACUCAAAACAAAAGAAAGAAUUAGUUGACAGAAAUGUAAAGAAAAGUAAAAAAGAAUGACAGUCAUCUCUACCUGGCUCAGACAAAGAUGUGAAUAGUGAUUCUUUAGAUGGCAAUAACUGUCUAAAUAAUAAAUUUGAAAACCCAAUUCAUUUUAGAAAUUCAGAAAGGAGAGUUCUAAAGAGUAGAAACAAACAAAUCAGUGAACAAAAAGGAGGUUCUAAUGAUAUAAUG